GGGAGCAGACCAGCAAAAUUAUCAUCCGUCUGUCAUUCAAACCGCCAGAUCCAGCCGUCAAAAUACACCUAUCAAAUGACUACCAUCACGGCCUUACCACCCCCCAUAACCCACUGGGCUAGUGCUUAGGACUUACCAUCACCGGCUUUUAACUUUUAACUCCGUCAAGUAGAAUAUCAAAAUAUCCCAAGAAAUGGUUACCUCUCCGUUAUCUCGGUUACUUCCGUGGCCUAGCGUACGGCCUCUGUCAUGCCUAGGCCGCAGGAGCUGCAUACAAUGGGAGCACGCAUGAAAUCCCCACUCCUUUUCAUCCCAUCUCUUUUUGCCUUUUUGUUUUUGUAAAUUGUUUAUUCAUUCAAGUUUGAUCCUUGCAGUCUUCGAUUCUCUUUUACCGAACUCAACUCUACUUAUUAUGGCUUCAAACAGAGCUUGAAUCACUGCAAGAACGGUUACUCCAACCACAGAUUUCCUCUUUGAAGAUGGAGCUGAAGAUGAGAGCCUCCUUGAAAUAUGCUCUUCCUUUUUUCAUAUGCCUGAUGAUGUUUUCACGGGGCUUUGCGUACGGUGAUCUUCAAGUGCUGUUGAAGCUCAGGUCUUUCAUGAUAGGGCCGAAGGGUUCUGGUCUGGAGGACUGGGUGGAUGACUCGUCGUCUCUCUUUCCGCAUUGCUCCUUCUCCGGUGUUUCAUGUGAUGAGGAUUCUCGAGUGGUGUCUCUCAACCUCUCGUUUGUUACUCUAUUUGGUUCGAUACCGCCGGAGAUCGGGAUGUUGAACAAGUUAGUUAAUCUCACGCUGGCAUGCGACAAUCUCACCGGGAAGCUUCCGAUGGAGAUGGCGAAGCUCACGUCUCUGAAGCUCGUCAACCUUUCGAAUAACAAUUUUAAUGGUCAGUUUCCGGGGCGUAUUCUUGUGGGAAUGAAGGAGCUCGAGGUUCUGGACAUGUAUAACAACAAUUUCACGGGUCCGCUUCCGACGGAGGUUGGGAAGCUGAAGAAGCUCAAGCACAUGCAUCUCGGUGGCAACUACUUCUCCGGUGAUAUUCCGGACGUAUUCUCAGAUAUUCACAGCUUGGAGUUGCUGGGUUUGAAUGGAAACAAUCUUUCCGGCAGGAUCCCGACUAGUUUGGUUCGGUUGUCGAACCUCCAAGGAUUGUUCCUUGGUUACUUUAAUAUUUACGAAGGAGGUAUUCCACCUGAGCUAGGGUUGCUGAGUUCGCUCCGAGUUCUUGACUUGGGGAGCUGCAACCUCACCGGAGAGAUUCCACCGAGCCUAGGCCGUUUGAAGAUGUUACACUCGUUGUUUCUACAACUUAAUCAGCUCUCAGGGCACCUACCUCAAGAACUGUCAGGUUUGGUGAAUCUAAAAUCACUUGAUCUCUCUAACAAUGUGCUCACUGGAGAGAUACCAGAAAGCUUUUCACAGCUUAGGGAAUUGACGUUGAUCAAUCUGUUUGGGAACCAACUGCGCGGUCGUAUUCCAGAGUUUAUCGGCGACCUUCCAAACCUCGAGGUACUUCAGGUUUGGGAGAAUAACUUCACGUUUGAACUCCCUGAACGUCUCGGUCGUAACGGGAAGCUUAAGAACCUCGACGUUGCGACGAAUCAUCUCACCGGAACGAUACCUCGGGAUUUGUGCAAAGGAGGAAAGUUGCUGACGUUGAUAUUGAUGGAAAAUUAUUUCUUCGGACCGAUCCCUGAGCAGCUCGGCGAAUGCAAAUCGCUGACUCGAAUAAGAAUCAUGAAGAACUUCUUCAAUGGAACUAUUCCCGCUGGGUUGUUCAACUUACCGUUGGUAAACAUGCUCGAGCUGGACGACAACUUAUUCACCGGAGAACUACCUGCGCAUAUUUCGGGCGACGUGCUUGGAAUUUUCACGGUCUCUAACAACCUGAUCACUGGAAAAAUCCCUCCGGCAAUUGGCAAUCUGUCUAGUUUGCAGACUUUGGCGCUUCAAAUUAACAGAUUCUCCGGUGAAAUUCCUGGGGAAAUCUUCAAUCUAAAGAUGCUUUCAAAGGUCAAUAUCAGCGCCAACAACCUAAGCGGUGAAAUUCCAGCAUGCAUCGUUUCUUGUACUUCACUAACAUCAAUUGAUUUCAGUCAGAACAGCCUGAACGGAGAAAUUCCAAAGGGGAUUGCUAAGCUUGGGAUCUUGGGCAUACUGAAUUUGUCAACCAACCACUUGAACGGCCAAAUUCCGAGUGAAAUCAAAUCUAUGGCUAGUCUAACAACACUGGACCUCUCCUAUAAUGAUUUUUCUGGUGUCAUUCCGACCGGCGGUCAGUUUCCGGUCUUCAACUCUAGCUCCUUCGCUGGAAACCCGAACCUUUGCCUACCGCGUGUCCCUUGUUCAUCACUUCAAAAUAUAACCCAAAUUCACGGUAGAAGGCAGACGUCAUCGUUUACUUCUUCAAAACUCGUCAUCACGAUCAUUGCCCUUGUCGCCUUCGCGUUGGUAUUAACCCUCGCAGUUCUCAGAAUCCGAAGAAAGAAGCAUCAGAAAUCAAAGGCCUGGAAGCUCACAGCGUUCCAACGGCUAGACUUCAAAGCUGAAGACGUGCUGGAAUGCUUGAAGGAAGAAAACAUCAUCGGAAAAGGCGGUGCCGGGAUCGUCUACCGCGGGUCCAUGCCAGACGGGGUUGACGUGGCUAUCAAAAGACUAGUGGGGCGCGGCAGCGGAAGAAGCGACCACGGCUUUUCCGCCGAAAUCCAAACGCUAGGACGAAUUCGACACCGAAACAUCGUGAGACUGUUGGGUUACGUGUCGAACAAAGACACCAACUUGUUGCUGUACGAGUACAUGCCGAACGGAAGCUUGGGAGAGAUACUGCAUGGGUCAAAGGGAGCCCACUUGCAGUGGGAAACCAGGUAUAGAAUUGCAGUGGAGGCCGCGAAGGGGUUGUGCUAUCUCCACCACGAUUGUUCCCCACUCAUCAUUCACAGGGAUGUGAAGUCCAACAACAUCUUGCUGGACUCGGAUUUUGAGGCUCAUGUGGCUGAUUUUGGGCUUGCCAAGUUCUUACAGGACGCUGGAGCCUCGGAGUGCAUGUCUUCCAUCGCUGGCUCCUACGGCUACAUCGCCCCAGAGUACGCCUAUACGUUGAAAGUAGAUGAGAAGAGCGACGUGUACAGCUUCGGUGUGGUGCUGCUGGAGUUGAUCGCAGGGCGGAAGCCAGUGGGCGAGUUCGGCGACGGGGUGGACAUCGUGAGGUGGGUCCGGAAAACAACAUCGGAGAUAUCUCAGCCGUCGGAUAGAGCUUCGGUUCUGGCAGUAGUGGACCCCAGGCUUAGUGGGUACCCACUGACAGGUGUCAUAAAUCUGUUCAAGAUUGCAAUGAUGUGCGUUGAGGAUGAGAGCUCUGCAAGGCCCACCAUGAGAGAGGUGGUUCACAUGCUCACCAAUCCUCCCCAGAAUGCUCCAAGCCUCAUCACUCUUUAAUGUAUGCUGGCACUCGUAUUUUCAGUGAAUAAUAGCAAGUAGAAGGUGUAAUAAGUUUGGCUGACUCCCCAGCAUGUGGUUGUUAUUGUUUUCUUUGUGGUUGUUGUAUCGUAAGUUGUAUAUAAGAUGUUUGCUUGCAUGCUUGUCAUUGUCAACA